GGCCCAUAAUCACCCCCUAGCCGUAAAAACCUCAUAAACCCUCGCAAAGACGCAAACCGUCAGAGCUUCAGAAUUUUGAAGAGAAUGGAGAACUCGAAACAGAAAUCGGUGCCGGUUUUGCCAUGGAUGAGAAGCCCUAUCGACGUCAGUCUCUUUGAAGAAUGCCCUCUGAACCUCCUGCCAUGUCUCGAUCCCAGGCUUGAGGAGGCCUUGCUGAAAAUGGGUGUUAGUUCACUUUUCCCAGUCCAGGUCGCAGUUUGGCAAGAGACGAUAGGACCUGGUGCUUUUGAGCGAGACCUUUGUAUAAAUUCACCGACGGGAAGUGGAAAGACUCUUGCUUAUGCUUUGCCUAUAGUCCAGAUGCUCUCUGCUCGUACAGUAAAAUGCUUACGUGCUUUGGUGGUGCUGCCCACUCGUGAUUUGGCCUUGCAGGUUAAGGAAGUCUUUUCUGCAAUUGCACCAGCAGUGGGUUUAUCUGUGGGUUUGGCAGUUGGUCAAACAUCAAUUGCUGAUGAAAUUUCACAGCUUAUCAAAAGACCUAAGCUUGAGGCAGGCAUCUGUUAUGACCCAGAAGAGAUUAGGGUAGAGUUCCAAACUAAUGUAGACAUUUUGGUUGCAACCCCCGGAAGGCUGAUGGACCAUAUUAAUACAACAAAGGGUUUUACUCUGGAGCAUCUUUCUUAUCUUGUAGUUGAUGAAACAGACCGGUUACUAAGAGAGGCAUACCAAUCCUGGUUGCCUACUGUGCUUCAACUAACUUGUUCGAAUGAGGAUGGCCUGUUUCCUAGUGCCAGAACUGUAACUCCUACACUUGGUUCCUUACAAACCAUAAGGAGAAAUGGUGUUGAAAGGGGUUUCAAGGAUAAAACUUACCCUAGAGUUGUAAAGAUGAUCUUAUCGGCUACCCUGACCCAAGAUCCUAGCAAGCUUGCUCAGCUUGAUUUGCAUCACCCUUUGUUGUUGACAACUGGGCCACGACGUUAUCAACUACCUGAAAAGUUGAAAUCUUACAAAUUGAUAUGUGAAUCUAAGCUUAAACCACUGUAUUUGGUUGCCCUUCUACAAGAGUUAAAGGGGGAGAAGUGUAUUGUUUUCACAUCAUCUGUAGAGUCAACUCACAGACUUAGUACCUUGUUGAAUGCUUUUGGUGAUUUACAAUUACAAAUAAAGGAAUAUUCAGGUCUUCAACGUCAAUCAGUACGAAGCAAGACAUUGAAUGCAUUUAGGAAUGGGGAAGUACAAGUACUUGUUUCUUCAGAUGCAAUGACUCGUGGGAUGGACGUCGAAGGUGUGAUGAAUGUUAUUAAUUAUGACAUGCCUGCUUACAUUAAGACAUAUAUUCACAGGGCGGGCCGGACUGCAAGGGCUGGCAAGACUGGUUGUUGCUUCACCUUUCUGCGUAAACAUGAGGUCAAACGGUUCAAGAAACUUCUACAGAAAGCUGAUAACAACUCGUGUCCUCUUCACUGUCUACCCUCUGAAUCAAUUGAAUCACUUCGCCCAUUCUAUUCUUCUGCUUUGGGGAAACUGAAAGAGUGUAUCGAAUCUGAGAAAUCAAAGCAUCAUAGAACUAUUUCUAAGUCCUCACGGGCAGGCAAAGUGAGUGGAGUGAACAACCAAAAGCAAUAGAGAUGUCCAAGCAGGUGGUACUUCUUCCCUUCAACAUGCAUGGGUUCUUUAUACCAUGUACAAAUGGAACUAAACUGAAGAGAGAAAUAAGUUCUAGAAGUCAAUGUAAAACCGAGAAGGAUCUAAGUGAAGUUUCACAAAGCCUGAGUGGCAUAUAUAGUGUGCCAGCCUGGGUCAAAUCUCUCUUGGUCGUGCAAGCCUGGUUUCUAGGUUCUCAUGGAUCCUUUACUGGGUGAAUUUUUGGAACUUAUUUCUAUGGGUCCAACACCACUUUGUUAGUCGGUUGCUUUUAUUUUCCAGAUGCAUGCGACCAGCAUUGGGUGAUGGUUUUCUUUUUUUUUUUAUUUAUUUUUUUUAAGCCAGGUGAUGUCCAUUUUUAUUUCUUUUAUUUUCAUUUUCUAUGUAUUCAGGGAAGUUUACUCAAGUGUCCGAGUUUUUAAGCUUCCAUGUAUCCUUAUUAUAGUAAUAACUGGUCAGUUACGAUUUUGUUUAGGAGGGGUAUUAACCCUUUAUAACACAUAAAAUCUGAACCCUGUAUUCUGUAAAGAGUGUUUGAUGGAUCAAUGAAAUUGCAGGAAAUUUGCUUUGUUUUA